AUGGCCACUGCCGAGCCACUCAGGCUGCCGUAUUCUUCGAACGAACUGGGCCGGCGACCUCCGCAGGACGAGGGAGAGAAGACGCCCUCGAACUACCCAUUCCCCUUCCUGCACCUCCUCCUUGGCGACACUCUCUACGCCUCGCUCACCAUCCUCGCCCUACCUCCCUGCGCACUUCCGAAGCGGGUUCUGCGAUUACUCGUCCUCCUCGAACAGCUCGCGAGAUACCUUGAACGGCGGAGGGAGAAGUUGGCGGACAUUGCAGAGGCAGACCAGCUCUACUUCGAGGCGCGUCAGCGGGGGUUGAAGGGCGAGCAGAAGGUCGAAGAGAUGGAUAGGAAGGGGAGAGGGCUAAGCAACGGGGAAGGGCGGGAGUUGAACCCAAGGAGGCGGACGUAG